AUAUAUAUAUAUAUAUAUAAUUCUUUGAAUGUGUUGAUUAAUUAGGUAUAAGAAGUUCUAUAUCUUACUUUUCUUAAAUGGUCAAAAACAUUUUAUCCUAAAAACAUAGUAUGAUAGAGGGAGAAUUUUAUAUUUGAUUAUCGUUGAUAUAAAAACUUUGUAAUGACAAAGAAUUUUGAAUUUUCAGUAAAAAAUAAAUUUAUGCAUGAAAAAUGGUUGUUAUUCUUACUAUGCCUUUAAUUUUUCUUUUAUAAAAAAUAUCUGAUGUUAGUUCUUACCAGGCAAUGUUUAUAAUUUGUGGACGUAAAAGAAACACCGGAAUCCAAAAACUUUCCUUUUAUGGAAACUGUCCCUCCUUGUCGUUAAUUAAUUAUUUUAUCUAACUGGAUUCCUCUUGAUAAAUGCCACAAAGAACGAACGAGAUCUGAUCUGAACGAACGAGAAACUGUCCCUCCUUGUCCACCUCUCUCUAAACGACUGUCUUAAGUUAGAUCUGUUUUUCUUGGUGUGCAACAAGUUAGACCCUAGAAAAUACGACCAUCUUUUCAUGCAAGCCUUCGACGAUGAGAUCACAAGCCCUCUCACCGCACAAAUCUUUGAUUUCUGCGAUCCACAAUUAUUUGAAGAGACCUUUAACCAAACUUCCGAGGUGACUUCUGCUUCUAACUGUUGUGGCUAUGUUGAAAACAACAACGUCAAUAACUUUCCAGACAAAUCCAACAGCAGUUCAAAUCAAGACCAUGAAGACAACAACAAUAACGAUGACAACGGGGACUUAUCGAUCAUAUUCGAUUCACAAGACGAUUUUGAUAACGAUAUCACAGCUUCCAUCGAUUUCUCUUCCUCUAUUCAGUUCCCAGUCUCCGAUCAGCUCCAAGACCAGUUUGAUUUCACCGGUAUUCAACUUCAUCAGCCUCCUAACAUCCUCUACUCUUCAUCUUCUUGUGAUCCUCUGCCUCCUCCUUUAUCGGUUUUCGAAGAAGAUUGUCUUUCUUCUGUCCCAAGUUACAAUCUUGGCUCCCUAAACCCUACUUCUCCUUUCUUGGGUAGUCCCGGUUUACCAGCUUAUAUGGCUGUAACCAAGAAUAUGAUGAACAGCGGUUUACCCAUUGAAAGAUCUGGGUUUUACUCCGGUUUUGGUUCUGAUUUUAAACCGUCACAUGAUCAGUUGAUGGAAACCCAGGCUGAUAACGGUGGAAUGUUCUGCCCAGAUCCGAUCAAACCCAUCUUCGAUACAGGAGAUCAUCAUCUCCAGGUACUUGACGGUGGCGAAAACCAGAACCACCUGGCCAAACCGGUCCUUCCGCAGUUAGGAACAGAGAUAACCGGUUUAGAUGACCCGAGUUUCAACAGUGUCAGCAAACUUACAGCUGAGCAGAGGAAAGAAAAGAUUCAUAGGUACAUGAAGAAGAGAAAUGAGAGGAAUUUCAGCAAGAAAAUUAAGUAUGCAUGUAGGAAGACAUUGGCAGAUAGUCGUCCAAGAGUUAGAGGAAGAUUUGCAAAGAACGAUGAAUUUUGUGAGCCCAAUAGACAAGCUUCUUCUAGUCAUCACGAAGAAGACAAUGAUGAUGAUGUGGGGGUCAAGGAAGAAGAACAAUUGGUUAAUUCUUCGGACAUAUUUUCACACAUAAGUGGUGUCAACUCUUUCAAGUUCAACUAUCCAAUCCAGUCUUGGAUUUGAGUUUACAUAGUCUUAUAAUCACGAAAUAGUAUUUUAUAGAGGUAUACUUGUAUAUUUAUUAGUGCAUUUUUUGGCUAUGACUCAGAUUUUCUCAGAAACAUAUAUUAACAUAAAAAGAGGGAUAAAGGGUUUAGAUAGGCCAUGAUAAAUAAAACUGAAGUGAGGGGGAGUGUUUACGUUACAUAUAUAGAACAUUACAAAGUUUUGUAUAGAUAUAGAUUAUAUAACAUGGUAUCAUAUAAUGUCUGCUGUAUUUGAUGGAUGCUGUAUAAUAAUAGUCAUUUGAAUAUCAUUUGUAACUCCU